UUGAAUUUGUCUUUUCAACACUAACGAAGUCAUAACACCAACAAUAUUGGCUUUGAACAUCCAGCGUUUCUGCCACGCACAUUGUUGAUCUAAUUUUGCAAGUAUUUAGCUCGUGUUCAGUGAUGAUGGACGCGCUGUCGGUGGUGAGCCAACUGCGGGAUCUGGCGUCAGAACCCCAGAACCGCGAGGCCAUCGUGCAAGAUCAAGGGUGCCUCCCCGGUCUGGUCCUCUUUUUGGACCACCGCAGCCCCGAAGUGCUUCUCGCUACUCUCCAGACCCUUCGCUACUUGGCCGAGUUGUCCCUCAACAUUUCGACCAUGAAGAACGAGUUGGGGAUGAUGGUGAGCCUGGAGAACAUUGUGGCGAGGGACGAGCUGUCCGUCGACGUCACCGAUCUGGCCAAGGAAGUUUACGCAAUUCUGUCGGCGUCGCCCGAGAGGAACGGGAGACAAAAGCCGCAGUUCUUCCUCAACUCGUCCAGCAAGAAGGCCAAAUGCGUGACGUUGCACAUUCAGGGCCUCGACGACACCGAUCGGCGAGGCCUGUGCGAGGAGGCGCUGCUGAAGGUGCGAGGGGUGAUCAGCUUUACUUUUCAGAUGGCUUCCAAGAGGUGCACCGUGCGCGUCCGUUCCGACUUGCCGGCCGAGAGCCUGGCCUCGGCUAUCGCCGACACGCGAGUGCUGUGCGCAAAACAGGUGGUGAAGAACCACGAGGGAGAUGAGGUGUUAAUCCCCCUGAGCGCCGCGGCGCAGAGCGAGCGGGCCCUGCCCGACUACCUCCCCGAGGAAGACGACGAGCCCGAGAAGAAGGCGGCGGGCGCCGUGUCGCGCCCUGCCGCCGCCACCGCCCGCGGCGGCACUUGGCUUCACGCCGCCGCCGGCUUCCUCAGCAGGACCUUCUAUUGGUGACGAAGGUCGGAAAAGUGUGGCGCCGGCCUCGUGUAAAUAUCAUUCUGAUGUCCUAUUUUGGUGUCUUUUCCGCCGUUUAUUUUUGCAAAGAAUCACGGUAUUUACAGUUAUGUCAAUUUGGUCUCAAAUGUACUUUAUGGAAUUUACAGUGUUAGUGGAUAAGUGACCUGGAAGACGAAUGUAAAAAUACGUUCGCCCGUUCCCUCUACCGACGCCGAUGAGCCUCAAAAAGCUAUUUUUCUUCCCUUCAAUUAAGAGUGAGUGGGUGGAAGACCCCCUGCAGCAGCAGCAAUAGCGCCAUUUCGCUUAGUCUCCACUUGGCAAAAACACUUUUCAAACCCACUCACUACUAAGUUUUUGAGGUUUCUGGUGCCGAUCGCGUGGGCCAAAUGUUGCUCCUUGCUUUGUGUCGGUGCUCGUACUAGCGUGCCUGAGCGGCGUGCGCCAGCUUCGCGUACGCUUCAGAAUAAAGAGAUUUACCAUUUUCUUUUUGUUUCUGUGUUAAGAUGUUUUAUUAAAACAAGAUUAUCAGGAUUUUAAAAAAUGUUUUGCUAUUUAUUUAUUUUUUUAAUUAUAAUUGAAAUUUUUAUUAAAAAUGAUUGUUUU